CGGGCAAGAUAGAAUUUCAUUCGUGAACUUACUUUCGCAGCCGAAGGGAGUGUUUGUUGUGAGGCGUGAUAAGUGUGAUUAUAUUGGCUUCGAGACUGAACCGUUUUUUUUUUAUUUUCUUCGCUGAGGCGUACGUGCAGUGCAGUACCGAGUGAUUGAAGAUUAUGAUUUCGGGUUCCGGGAAGCUGUGGCGGCAGGUGGCGUUUGCGGUGGCACUGCUGGGAGGAGGGAUUCUAACGGUCGUCGGUGGAUUUCCUCGAGGCGAAACGAAUGGGUGCCUGCGGCAUUCCCCAUCCCUUAACAAGUGCAUCGAGCGAUCCGUUCAGUACUACAUCACGUACAUGUCGAACGGUAAGAUUUCCGACCGAUACUACGUGAUGUCCAUCGAUCCGCUAGCAUUCCCAAACACCACUUUGGUCCGAAACAGAAAUAUUCAAACGUACUUCCUAAGCAGGGAGAUGAGAGGAUUCAAGAAUUCAUUCGUCACCGAUGUCAAGGCAGAUCUCAACAAACUGGAAUUCCUGCUGCAAAUUCACAUGCCAGCUUUGGACGUGCAUGGAUCAUACAGGGCGGAACUGGCACACGAACGACAGAUCGCUGAAUGGGCUAAAAUGUUUUCCUCGAUUCGCAACUCCACCCUUCGGAUACACCUUAAGGGAACGACGUACGAAAGUGACGACCGGAUAUACGUCCGGGUGAACAUUACCGACUUUGAUCUGACGAUCGGCGAUCAUACGGUGGGAUUCGGUUGGUUCACCAUGAGCGGCAAUUACUCCGAGCAUAGCCAGAAUUUUGAUUUGGAACGUGGCCGUAACAUUCUGUCGAUUGUGGAGAAUGAGUUCACCGAAAGUUUCCGGCAAAAGUUCCAGCUGUUGUUGAAUGAGAUUUUGCGAUUAGCGCCUUUCGAGCGGUUCUUUCCCAGUCAGUAGUAGAGGUAACCGGCAGACCGAGAGACGUUAUCAGUGAUGCGAUGAGUACAGAGGGGAAUGUAAAUAGAGCUUUAUUUGUAAUAAUAAACAAUAUUUAUUUUUGUACGAAA